GUGGUUAUAACUUAUAAGAGAGCGAGCGGCGGCGCGGCGCACACUGGCGCGGGAGUCGAGCGCCAUGUCUACCAGGAGGCUGCUACUCUUCUCUAUGUUGAUAGCUGCUGUCUUUGGAGGAAAAUCUAAGCCGGAAUUCAGUGAAGAAAUCAAAGAAAUAAUUCAGCAUGUUCACAACGAGUGUGUGGGGAAGACCGGCGUGGCGGAGGAUGACAUAACAAAUUGUGAGAACGGCGUGUUCAAGGACGACCAGAAGCUCAAGUGCUACAUGUUCUGUCUGCUAGAGGAGGCCAGUGUUGCUGAUGAGAACGGCGUAGUAGACUACGAAAUGAUGAUCAGCUUGAUACCCGAGGACUAUACAGAAAGAGUUUCAAAAAUGAUAAUGGCCUGCAAACAUCUAGAUACACCAGAUAAGGAUAAAUGCCAAAGGGCGUUCGAUGUUCAUAAGUGUUCUUAUGAAAAGGAUCCAGACCUGUAUUUCUUAUUCUAGACCAUACAUACCUAACACUGACGGGACGGUUAAUUAAAAUAUGAAUAAGGAGAAGACUUCAAUUAAAUCUGCAAAUUAA